AUGCCUUCGCCCAGGAGUCCUGCGUCAUCGAGUCCGGCCCAGCCUCAGUCGCCUCAAGACCACGCUGGGAAUGCAGCGGUGCUUGCUGCUGAGGAGGGCACUGCAUCGUCAACUACGAGCGUGAGCGCCUCCAUUCUCGAUUACAGAAAGGAGAACGGCAGAACAUAUCAUCGGUACAAAGAUGGAAAAUAUAGCUACCCGAAUGAUGAGAGAGAGAACGACAGACUAGACUUGCAACACAAUUUGUGGCUGCUUACCUUCGACAACCGUCUGGGAACCGCACCACCAAACGACCCAGACUUUCCCGUAAAUCGCGUUCUGGAUGUCGGUACUGGGACCGGAUUAUGGGCUAUCGAGUUUGGCGAUGAACACCCGGAAGCUGAAGUUCUGGGAAUCGAUCUUUCAGCCGCUCAACCGGAGUUCGUACCUCCCAAUGUGAAGUUUGAUAUUGACGACAUCGAGGAGCCAUGGACGUUUUCGAGACCGUUUGACUAUAUCCACAGUCGUCUGAUGACAUCCAGUCUUGCGGACUGGAGGAAAUACCUACAAAAUUGUUACGACAACCUCACACCCGGCGGCUACCUCGAGCUGAACGAGAUGGACCUAAUCCCAACCUCAGACGACGGAACCCUAACCGACGAUCUCGCCUUCACCAAAUCCCUCAAACUCCUUGGCGAGGCCAUGGGGAAGCUGGGUCGUCCGUAUCAGGACAUACCGGAGCUCAAGGACAUGAUGGUCGAGAUCGGGUUCCGCGACGUCGUCUUGGAGAGGUACAAGUGGCCGACCAACUCCUGGCCGCGGCAUCACAAGUAUAAGGAGCUCGGCGUCUGGCAGAAUGAGAAUUUGACUGCGGGUAUGGAGGGCUUCAUUAUGGCGCCGUUCACUCGGAUCCACGGGUGGUCGAGGGAGGCGGUUCUUGUGUUCCUUGUCGAUGUGCGGAAGGAUAUCAAUGAUCGGAAUAUUCACGCAUACUUUUCAGUGUAUUCUGUUUGGGGGAGGAAGCCGGCGGUGAAUGAGAGGGGCUGA